CAGCGAGCGACAGGCGGGGCGGCGCGAGCCAUGGCCGGGGACAGCGAGCAGACCCUGCAGAACCACCAGCAGCCCAACGGCGGCGAGCCCUUCCUGAUCGGCGUGAGCGGCGGCACGGCCAGCGGCAAGUCUUCCGUUUGCGCUAAGAUUGUGCAGCUCCUGGGCCAGAACGAGGUGGACUAUCACCAGAAGCAGGUGGUCAUCCUGAGCCAGGAUAGCUUUUACCGUGUCCUCACGUCUGAGCAGAAGGCCAAAGCCCUGAAGGGCCAGUUCAACUUUGAUCACCCGGAUGCCUUUGACAAUGAACUCAUCUUCAAAACCCUUAAAGAUAUCACCGAAGGAAAAACUGUCCAGAUCCCAGUAUACGACUUCGUCUCCCAUUCACGGAAAGAGGAGACGGUCACUGUCUACCCCGCGGACGUGGUGCUCUUUGAAGGGAUCCUGGCUUUCUACUCCCAGGAGGUCCGAGACUUGUUCCAGAUGAAGCUUUUUGUGGAUACAGACGCAGACACCCGGCUCUCCCGCAGAGUAUUGAGGGACAUCAGCGAAAGAGGGAGAGACCUUGAGCAGAUUUUAUCUCAGUACAUUAUGUUCGUCAAGCCUGCCUUUGAGGAGUUCUGCCUGCCUACAAAGAAGUACGCUGAUGUCAUCAUUCCCAGAGGUGCAGACAAUCUUGUGGCCAUCAACCUCAUCGUGCAGCACAUCCAGGACAUCCUCAACGGAGGGCUCUCCAAGCGGCAGACCAACGGCUGCCUCAACGGCUACAACCCUUCACGUAAGAGGCAGACGUCAGAGUCCAGCAGCCGGCCGCAUUGACCCCGUCUUCACACCCAAGCAACCCCGAGCUCUGAGACACAGGAGGGGUCAGGAGGCUCUGUUCAUCUGUACAUACUGUCUUCUAUGACAUUAUGAUAUUUAAGAACACACCAUGGAGAUGAAAAUGCCUUGAUUUUCUUUCCUUUCCCCCUUCUUUUUUGUACUUUGGAACAGCAAAUCAAACAGAACUUGACCCCAAGCCUACGUAACAAACUGUGCCAACUACUACUGGUGAUGCCGAAUUAUGAAUCCAACGUGUAACCAGUUAUAAAUACAUGCAUAUAUAUAUAAAAGGAUCUAUUUUUGUGUAAAUGUACAAAUACUGUAAAGCUGUUUGCCAUAAGGAUUUUACAGGGCCUUGUGCUUGUGCGUUGGGCCCGGAGCCGGAGGUCCGUCCCAGCCAUGGUUCCUGUAGUCCGGGUCGGGCUGCCUCUGGCAUCUAGAGAGACAUGGAGUGGAGGAGGGUGGCUGAUGUCCCAUUGCUCUCAGCACCGGUGGGCCUUGGUGGUUAUCGAGGACCCCCUGUCAGAUGCCACCUCCUCGGAACUGGAGCUGAGAGAGAUAACCUGUCUUUUUAUUUUUUGAGUUGAAAUUAGGUGCGCUCCCAACUCAAAACUCAAUCUCAGGGAAGAGACCCACUGAAGAGAGCAAGUCUUGUGCGUUUCUUCUUGCCCAUCCCGCCUCUGGCUGCUUGUGGGCUGUGUGACACCUUCCUUACUCUGACUUCUUCGCCUCCCAGGAAGCCAGAGCUGCCUCUCCUUCCUUGGCAGGGGUCUUAGAGUCUCUUCCUGAGUGAACAGAGUGAGGAAGGAGGGAAUGAAACUGUCUGCUAGAGUGUUGAAGGAAGCUCUGGUCCUUCCCCCUUCCAGAGAAGUGACUGGUCACAGUGGUUAGGUGCAUUGCUAGGUCUGGAGCGGCUCCUUGCCUGUGGGCUUGGGCCGAGGACAUCUGGUAUUGACUUCCAGCAGCAGCUCACAGGGUGGCCGGGCGCUGUGCCCAUGCCGGGGUCAAUGCCUCUUGUGGCUCGGGGCCGUGCAGUGAGUUAGGUCAGCCUAUGCACGGGUCACCUGCUAUUCUUCUGACAGCAGCAGGGCCCAGAGGAGUCAGGAGACUAGUGGUGUCUUCCAUGUGUGGAUAUGGUGGCUGCUGAGCAAGGAGGGAAGUAGUUUUUUUUUUUUUUUUUGAGUAAUUUGAAAAGGAGGGUAUUUAAAUCCUGGGUACUUCAGUUGCAGUCGUAGGUAGAAGACGCCUCAGGUACACUGAGAACGUGAUCCGUGGGCUCCAGUGGGCCAGCUCCGACAGCAGGAGAGAUGUGACAGCCUCUGCAGGAAGUAGCUCCUCAGGCCCUCCCGAGCCCUUCCUCUUGGGAGGAACUUUCCGCCUGGCGGGAGCGCAGAUGGCUGGCAUGCUGGAGGAACUGGGGCCACGGGGGAAGGCCCAAGCGUCAGGUAGAGUCUCGGCCUCAGUGUCUAGCUGUGGAGAAUCCAGCGUCCAUCUGUCAGUGCUCACCAUCCUGGUGCUUGGCAUGGGCCGUGCUCCUACUUAGUGCACCAUGGCCGUGGUCACCUGGACACCGGAGACCUCGCCCUGGAGUGGCUCUGAGGGCCCGCUGUGGCUCUGACUCUGACUCCGUUACUGUCUAGCCAUGCUGAUUUUCCCAUCCAGGCCCAGCAUCCAGUCUUCUUUUCGGGCUUCAAAUUUGUCUCCACAUCUGUCAACCUAGUCCCCACGAGAGCUUUGCUAAACCUGAGGCCGCAGCAACGCAGGCUUGUUCCCAUGACAAAAGCUGUGUCCGAGCAAGGGAGCUCCCGGGGCCCCGCAGUGGAGGGCGGCACCCACCAAGGAGGGUGCACCCUGGAGUGUAGUUUGCAGAAGUAGUCUCUGUCACUGUAUUUAUGCGUGCACGCUCUGAGAUGAAGGGUGGGUUAGGGCCUGGACUAGGACCCUGAGAGCGCAGGCCCAGGCCCUUGUGGGCUGCGUAUGCUCAAGGUGGAGUCCUCCCCUGUCGGCAAGAGCCUCGGCCUUUCAGUGGGUAGCACGCUCAACUGUACUUGAAGCUUCCAGGUGCCAAACCACGUAGUGCCUUGGCUGUCUAUCCCACUGCCUUGGAAGGUGGAGUCUUCCCAUCUCUGAGCCUUUACUUAGCCGCCGCCUCAUCUACCUGUGGUGUUGGGACCAAGCCUCCAGGACCCGUGAGCAGCUCAGUCCUAGCUUGGAUGCGGCUCUCUGGAUGCCCCGUCCCUGCCACCUUAGGAAAUGGUCACCAGUCCACAGUGGCUUGGCUGGGGGCCAUCAGCCAUGUGUGCUGGGUACCAGGAAGGAACGGGAGGCUCACUGUUCUACACCACUCAGCAUUUGGCCAAUUAUGAAUCUAAACUUGAACUUUCCACAGGACCCAUUGUGGUCCGAGUCUUUCAAGAGCCUCUGGAUCUCUGAUUCCAUUGGACAGUCAGGGUUUGAAUUAUGACAGGAAACCAUGACGUUUGUCACCUGAGAGCACUUAGCUGUUCAGAGAGGAGGCACAGAUGAGCAGAACCGUGCAACAUCGGUCACAUGUGCAAGGAAUCCUGUGGCUUCAGAGUCACCCAAUGGUGCUUGCUUCCCUUUCCCACUUAUGUAUCGUCCGUGGACCAAAUGUUCAGGAAACAAAUAAUCAAAACCCCGUGUGCAGGACGCCCCUCAUCACACUCUCACUAACACAACUUCUGCUGGUCCAUGUCUUAUUUAUCACGGGCAGCCUGAGAUUAGCCUGAGCAAAGACAGGAAUCCGAGAAGGGUGCAAACCUUGAGGUUUGGAGUGGAUAGGGUAUGCCCUGCGGGAGGCAGUGGAUCAGGGUUUGUACAGGGCAGGGGCAGGAGGGGAGCUGUCGAGUCUCUAGUUCGCCUGUCCCCAGAACUAAGCGCUUCUGGUCUUGGCUGCCCAGCACUCAUGGUAGAUCGGCUCCAGCUUUACCUGAGCUUGGAUCGCAUCUUUGGCGCUUUGCCCAGAGGAUGGGCUACCUGUCUCAGGAAGCCACCGGGUCAGGUGAACGGCCAGGAAGAGGCAGGAAGUGGAAAGAUCUGGGCCUGGUGGCUGUGUUAGCCCCUGCUGCCCUGGUGCCCUUCGCUGGAAGGAGCAAUUUUGAGCGGGAGCAUCCAAGCUUGCUGGAGAGUUGUAGCCUCUUGCUGGGCAAAGGUUUCCACUGCCCGGCAGCCUCCUGUGUGCCCAUGAACAAUCCCAGUACCAAGCAGUGGGCUGGUUUAAGUGAUGCCAGGGUCAAUCCUGGGAAUAGGGCGGUGCUUCUGGGAAGGACAAGGUUUGUUUGCCCUUUACACAUUUUUUCUGGGUACAGUGUGGGGAACACGGUUUCAGAUAAGGAAAAGAACAGAUGAUGAAAGGCAGAUGCAUCUGGAACUCAGUCCCCUUUAACUUCUGUCCCUGGCUUCCUGUGCUGUCCUGGUGACAGGUGUUAGAGGAACCCCUGUUGCUCUUGGGGUUCAGCAUACGCCCACCACCUAGGCCUGCCUCAGAGCAAGGGUGAGCGGUUACAUAGAGACCUGGGUUGUCUUCCCCCAAUGUACUGGCUCUUCCCCGUUGCUUUUUUUUUUUUUUUUUCUUUACCUUUGUUAGUGCUGGAAAAGACCACAUGCUAUGUACCUUGCUGUAAAUAAAGACUGAAUAAAAUCUA